AUGCUCUCCAUCUUUCGUUCUCUCUUUCCCUCCAAGGAGGCAAUUCUAUUAGUCCCUUAUUUCGUUUCUGAUCCCAGCCCUUAUGGUGCCAACUUAAACCAGUUGUUUGAGCUGUUACACACCAAAGUACCUCCUACUGGUUUUGGACAUGCAACCAAAAAGCUUCAAGAGAGGUGCCCCCCAAAGAAGAAGGGGACAAUAGUUUGGUACGAUUACUGCCUUAUUAAGUACUCAAAUGAAUACUUCUUUGGUGAAAUUGAUGAGAAGAACAAGUUCUAUAUGGUUAACAUCUACGACGUGGAUGACCCCGCUACUUUCGGUGAUAAAGUCAAUGAAUUGCUAAGUGGUUUGUCUUAUACUGCUUCUCAAAUUCCCAUGUUGUAUGCUAUUAGUGAUCUUCCCAAUUAUUGUGAUGGAAAGCAAGGUGCACGGGUUGUGGGUGGGAGUUGCUAUGUUAGAUAUGAACUAUACCCUAUUGUUGAGGCUCCCUAG